GAAUCGGAAUCGGAAUCGGAAUCGACUGAUCUAUUUUUCCGUGAAACCCAGAGACAGAAGUUUGUACUAAAGGGAUAAAGAGGAAAAUUCUUUUGAUUCACUUUUAGAAAGGUCUGUGAGCUAUUUUUCUCCGCGACUACUUCUUGAUGUUUGCUUCACAGCUUUUGAGACUUCUCCAGACUCUACCAGCUGAUGUGAACAAUGAAAACUCCGUCUUUGACACAACUGAAGAGAAGCCUACGAUGAAUGGAAAUCAGAAUGGGAUAUUAAGUCAUUCAAAUGGUUACAAGGAAGCAGAUUCUUUAGGUUUUCCUGUAAAUGACUUCGGAAAUACAAAUGUCCACGACAAUAGGGAAGAUCCUUUGGCGUGUGACAGAAAAGAUGGGAAUGAAUUCUGGAAAGUUCCUGAACUCGAUGACUCUAUAUUUUUUGAUAACAACAAUGAGAUUAAGGGUUCAAAUGUGAGGGACGAUCAUAAUGUAGAUCUGUCCAAGAUAAACGGUGACAAUAGAGGUGGAAAUCCUUUUGUGUGUGAUAUUCCCUCAAGUGAAACAAAUGAAAUUGUUGCUGCAAGUGUUACGGAUGAUCAAAAUGGAGGCUUGUCGAAUAUCAUCCAUAGCAAGAGAGGUGGAAAUCCAUUUGAAUGUGAUACAAAAGAUAGAGAUCAGCCAUGGAAUAUUCCAGAAUAUGAGUCCCUUGGUUUCCUUGAUGACAAAGAAAAUGAAACUAUCGACUCUGAUUCGCCUUUUACCUCUCACUCCGAGUUGUUUGAGAAUAACAAACAUUUUUAUUCUGAUAAAGGUGUCACCGAUCACGAGCUUCCUGAAUUGACAGUUUGCUAUAGAGAGAACAACUUUAACAUGGCUAAAGACAUAUGUAUGGAUGAGGGUGUACCUGCAGUAGAUAAAGUUCUAAUCGAAAGCUGGAAAGAUGGUCAACCGAGCACGUCUGUUUCUGUUGAUGCUGAUGAAGAACAGCAGAGCAACACCAGGAAAAGUGUCGAUAUGGGGUCGACCAUUGCAUCUAUAUCUCAAGAUUCAUCUUUCAAAGAUGCCAAGAACAUUGCUGUGACUCGUGAUACAGAAAUAGAAGCUACUGGAGCACCUGUUCCAAACGGUUUCAAUCCGUCCCUAGAGAAUAAUGCCAACAAAGAUGCGGAUAAGGAUUCUUAUCUCGAGGAUUUGUUGAUGAUUUUUGGUUCAAAAUGUACUACUAAUGCAUCAGAAAAACCAUCAUCUCCUAAUACCGUUGUUCGUGUGGAAGAGUCCAAUAUAAAGACUUCUGAUGGUGAUCAAUCUACACUGCAACCUGAUCAGGUGCCUUCUGAGCAAACUUUGAAAAGCCAAACUGCAGUUUCUGCACCCGAUCAAACGAACAACAAGGGUAAUAGCAAAGAGGGAGUGGGAACUAGUAUUUUCUACGUCAAUCUUACCAAACCAGAAUCAACAAAAACCACGGAAGGAGGAGUCGGAAACUUGCCUGAACAUUCUCACAUGCCAAAGGCUGUCUCCGUUCACAAGAACGGAAACUCAGAUAAUAAUUCAGCUUCAAGUCAAGUUCCUUUUGCUAAUACUGCUGACAACGUGCACCAACAACACCUUGAAUCCCAAAAUAUGGCUAAUGGACAAGGUCAUUUUGCUGAUGGAGAGGCAAGUUUUUCUGCAGCAAGAGGUCCUAUAUCAGGUUCCAUCACUUACUCAGGGCCUAUAUCUUACUCCGGCAGCGUAUCUCUUCGAUCCGAAAGCAGCACAACCAGCACCAGAUCCUUUGCCUUCCCAGUCUUACAAAAUGAAUGGAAUAGCAGUCCAGUAAGAAUGGCGAAAGCGGAACGGAGGCGUUUAAGUAAACAAAAAGGUUGGAAACAAGGCCUUCUGUGUUGUAGAUUCUAAAUUGUUGUUCUUAGUUAAAGAAUAUACAUAACAAGACCUUAAAUCUUGAAUCUUUUGAGUAUUGUAAGUAUGCAUACAUGUUGAUAUUCAUUGUUCU